GCAGGAUUAGCGGCCGGCUAGAGACAAUCAUAGCUACCUUGGGGCAACCUCUGAGAGCACAGAACUGUCAGGCAUCACUGCAGUAGUUUCAAGUCCCACAGGCCUGUGCUGCCGGAAACGGAAAGCUUUGGGUGGCCUGGCGAUUGGACGCGGACCCGGAAGCCGGAAACUGGUUACGCUCGCUAUGGCUGAGCCAGCCGCUCAUGCUGCGGAGUCGUUUGCUGGUUGCAGGGCGCGGGCAGCCCGUACAGUACUAGAUCAGGUGGUGCUCCCGGGUGAGGAGCUGCUGCUGCCUGAGCAGGAGGACGGAGAAGGCCCAGGAGGUGCAGGGGAGCGACCGCUGCGCCUGAACGCCGGAGCGCGCCCGCGGGUGCGCGUGGUGUGUGGCCCGGGCUUGCGGCGUUGUGGCGACCGGCUGUUGGUCACCAAGUGCGGCCGCCUCCGUCACAAGGAGGCCGGCGGCGGCGGCGGCAGUGGCGUCUAUUGGGUGGACUCGCAGCAGAAGCGGUAUGUCCCAGUCAAAGGAGACCAUGUGAUUGGCAUAGUUACCGCUAAAUCUGGAGAUAUAUUCAAAGUUGAUGUUGGAGGGAGUGAGCCAGCUUCUUUAUCUUACUUGGCAUUUGAAGGUGCAACUAAAAGAAACAGACCAAAUGUUCAGAUUGGAGAUCUCAUCUAUGGCCAAUUUGUAGUUGCUAAUAAAGAUAUGGAACCAGAGAUGGUCUGUAUUGACAGCUGUGGACGAGCCAACGGAAUGGGUGUGAUUGGACAAGAUGGUCUGCUUUUUAAAGUGACUUUGGGCUUAGUUAGAAAGCUGCUAGCUCCAGACUGUGAAAUCCUGCAAGAAGUGGGAAAACUCUACCCACUUGAGAUAGUAUUUGGAAUGAAUGGAAGAAUAUGGGUUAAAGCAAAAACCAUUCAGCAAACUUUGAUUUUGGCAAAUGUUUUAGAAGCUUGUGAACACAUGACAGCAGAUCAAAGAAAACAGAUCUUCUCCAGAUUGGCAGAAAGUUGAUCUAUGUGGAUCAGCUGAGCCAAGAGACUAUGGGUUUCUUGGGGGAAACGUUUCUCAGAUGGACUUUUCCCCAUUAAAUCUUCAAAAGACAAGAUGUGACUGUACAUAUUGUCUCGUUAGAGUGCUAAAUAAAAUAUUUUUAUAAAGUUUCUGGUUGCCACCCAUGUUCUUGUGGGUGAAAGAAAGCAGUGUAAAAAUAAUGAUGUAGUUUUCUGUUUUUUACAAUAAAGUUUACUAAUUUACUA